GCAUCACAGACACAGCCUGUGCUACGUAGGCAGCAGCGGCAGCUACCUCUACUUGUGUCGGCGUGCGUCGGUCGUGGUGGACAGCAGCGUCUGGGUAAAAGCAGGGGGACAGUCACAGCUUAAAACACCAAUGCAAUGCUGCUUCUCCGACGCUGCCUCAGCCUGACUCGAUUUGGCCCUCUCAACACUCAAAGGAGUCAGGUUGCACCAACUGUAUGUGCAGCUCAUCUCUGGAGCAGCAGCAGCAGUAGUAGUGAUGACCAGAGAUCAAACCAGCACACCCAUGGCCCCAGCUGGAGACAUGGCCUGGCAGGACUGUUGGCUGGUACAGGGGCUGUACUGGUGUAUGGCCUUCACAAGCACAAGGCAGAGCAGGCAGAUGCCAACAGAUUGGAAGCGAUUGAGCCAACCUCCUCUCAUCCCAUCUUCAGCCAGGAAGAAGUCACAAAGCACCGCUCUCUCGAGGAUGGCGUGUGGGUCACUUACAAAGGUGGCGUCUAUGACAUCACUGAGUUUGUGGCCAUGCACCCUGGUGGGAAUAAAAUCCUGUUGGCAGCAGGUGGGCCUCUGGAACCCUUUUGGGCACUGUAUGCUGUACACAACCAGGAACAUGUGCUUGAAAUCCUCUCAGAAUAUAAGGUUGGUGAGUUAAGUGCAGAAGACCUGAAGAAGCAGCAGGAUGUUAAAUCAUCUGACCCAUACUCCUCUGAUCCAGAGCGUCACCCAGUCCUGCGCAUCAACAGCCUCAAGCCCUUUAAUGCCGAGCCACCUGCUGAAAUCCUCACAGACAACUACAUCACUCCCUCUGCUUUGUUUUUCAAAAGAAACCACUUGCCUGUUCCUCAGGUUGACCCGGCUUCUUACCGGCUCAGUGUGGAGGGACUACCCGGAGGAGCGAUGACGCUCUCUUUAGAAGACUUAAAGACUAAAUUCCCAAAACAUACCAUCACCGCCACACUGCAGUGUGCAGGAAACCGCCGAGCUGAGAUGAACAAGGUCAAACUAGUGAAAGGACUGAACUGGGGAAUUGCUGCGAUCAGCAACGCCAGCUGGAGCGGCGCUAAACUCAGGGAUGUGCUGCUGGCAGCUGGCUACGGGCCAGACGUGGCCAAGUGGGCUCAUCAUGUUCAGUUUGAAGGCCUGGACAAAGAUGUAACCGGUACUACGUAUGGUUCUUCCAUUCCUAUAAACAAGGCAGUCAGUGAGGAGGGUGAUGUACUACUAGCUUAUGAAAUGAAUGGCGAGACGCUUCCUGCAGACCAUGGCUUCCCUGUCCGUGUUGUGGUACCAGGCACGGUGGGUGCACGUAAUGUAAAAUGGUUGGGGAAGAUAGUUGUGAGUGCAGAGGAAAGCAACAGCCACUGGCAGCAGAACGACUACAAGGGUUUUUCCCCCGGGACAGACUGGGAUACAGUUGACUUCAAGUCUGCUCCAGCCGUUCAAGAGCUGCCCAUCCAGUCUGCGAUCACCGCACCGGCCGACGGUGCCAUGGUCGAUCGCUCAGAAGAAGAGGUGACUGUGCAGGGCUAUGCCUGGAGCGGUGGGGGCAGAGAGGUGGUACGUGUAGAUGUUUCUGUAGAUGGAGGUAAAACAUGGCAGGUUGCUCAACUAAGGACUAGUGACAAGGGUCAAGUAUAUGAGCCUUCACCUCCACCAGGUCGAGCCUGGGCCUGGAAGCUAUGGGAGGUAACGGUGCCAAUUCCUCCUGGAGCUAAGGAACUGGAAAUAAUUUGCAAGGCAGUGGACAACAGUUACAACGUGCAGCCGGACACAGUGGCUCCUAUCUGGAACCUGAGGGGCGUCCUGAGUAACGCCUGGCACAGAGUGACGGUGAAGGUCAGAGAGGACGAAGAUGAGGAAUAGACUUGAUGGUUUAAUCCAACUUUAAGGACAUUUUCAGACCUGGUAUGAACAUCCAUCCUCGGUGAUCGGAUUGGAUCCUCGGGCUCCACCUGCACCGUGAUUAAAUACACAGCAGUGAAUUCAUGUAAUAAGGCUUCACAUGCACCUCUGCUGAUCUCACAUGAUCAUUCACAUCAAUGUGCCACGAAAGGUUAUCACUGCAAAUUAACACACAAAAGACAAAAAUGAAUAAUCUACCAUUUAUUUAUUUAUUUAGUUUAAUUAACAAGUCUGACUGUACAAAUGUAUCUGUUUUUAAUGUGUUUGUGUCAGUGUGUGUGUAAAUGGUUUGUACGUCUGCAGCUCAGUGACACACUCAUAUAGACGAGCAGAGCCAGGAGUCUAACCCGCAACGUUCAAGUUAAAAGACAAGAGAAAAGAGUCAGGAUGAGUGGAUUGAAUCAAAGCCCUAUUCACACUGCUGUAACAUGAAAUAAGUUUUAACUGAUGUUGAUCUGUAUUAUUAAU